AUGCUUUCCAUCAACAUUCCAAAACACACUACGCCCGAUCAGUAUGAAUUGGGCGAGGUCCCUUCGCUCACCGUAGAACACCCGACCGAUAUCUUAAUCAAAGUCCAUGCUGCGAGUAUCAACCCGAUCGACGUCAAGAAAGCGGCAGGAGGAGCCAAAGCUGUUCUUAAGGACGGGUUUCCCUACAAAAUCGGCUAUGAUUGUGCGGGCACAGUCUUAGAUACCGGAGCCCAAGUGACAAAAUUCAAAGCUGGUGAUGAUGUUUUUGUCCGAUUGCCAGAAUGUCAUCGAGGAUCAUGGAGUGAGCUGGCAAGAUCAACUGAAGAGUUUGUUGCAUUGAAGCCAAAGUCUAUUUCUAUGGAAGACGCUGCCUCUAUUCCUUUGGCGUGUAUGACAGCACUACAGGCGCUUCGGGGUUACGAAGGGAAUCUUGAAGGAAAGACUGUCUUCAUACCUGCUGGCUUGAGUGGAACUGGUAUAUUCGCAUGUCAACUUGCGAAGAAUAUUUUCAAAGCUGGCAAGGUAAUCACCACAGUCUCCACCAGUAAAGUGGACAAAGUGACGGAACUCUUGGGCGAAGGGAUUGUUGAUGAAAGUGAGUGGACACCAUUCUGGCAGUACGUCGCACGAAAGCUCACACCUGCCCCAUCAGUCAUCGACUACAAGAAGUCAGAUCCUCUGACUGUGAUUCCUCCGCGAUCUGUUGAUUUUAUUUUUGACACCACAGGGAGUGCGAUGGAGUAUCUAUCAUUAGUGAGCCCGAAGGGAGCCAUCGUGACGGUUUCCAUACUCACAUCGGGGGAUGUGCUCCAAAACUCUAGCGUUAUGCGGCGAUCGCCAGACAAGCAAGACAAAGCAAUCGUGCCGUUCCCUAUCCGCAUUGCUCUGAAUAUUUUGGACUGGAUCCGAAGGGCGCGUGCAUCUCGUUACGGGGUUAAGUAUUCAUCUAUCUUCUUGGAGCCAAACGCGACCGAUCUAAACUCUAUCCGAGAAUGGGUGGAGAGAGGAAAGUUAAGAUCGAUCGUGGGAACGAAAGCGCACUUUAAGGAUAUUGCGGCGGUGCGAAAUGCAUGUCAAGUGGUAUAUGAUGGGAAAGGGGGUAUUGGAAAAAGUGUGAUUGUAUUUGACUGA